AUGAUUAUGCAUGGUACCUGGUACAAAGGACCACAGCUGUCGCAUCAUCCACACACCGACUACCAUCAGUUCCGAUCGUAUCCCUCGUUUGUUGUGACACCCUAUCACGAGGGACAUGCGGCCACGCCCUGCCCGCCCACGCCCUGUACACCCUGCAACAGCAGCACCAGCACCAGCACCAGCAGCAGCAGCAACCAUGCCGCAACUGGACUUGGACUCGGUCUUGGACUUGGCCAAAACACAGCCGAGGCGACACCAAUAAUUGUCGAGGGCACAUUCGCUGCUGCCGCCGCUGCUGCAGCCGCUGCAGCUGCCGCCGUCGUGACUGCAACGGGAACUGCAUCUGGCAAUACGCUGCUGAGUCCGGCCAUUAAAAUCGAGCAGGUUUUUGGCGAGGCAUCCGCCAACUCAUCGCUGGGCGCCGUUGUCGAGGAUUAUGCCCUGAACUUGGACUGUCCAGUGGAGCAUCAGUUUCGGAAACCCCAACACAACAACAACAGCAUCAACGGCUACGCCUGGUCAACGAGCAACGGGCCGCAAAGCGAAGUCAUCAACAACAACAACAACAACAACAAUCAACACAAUUCACACCAAUCAGGCGCUACCGGACCUGGAUCAGGACUAUUGCCUAGCUCUGCUCCAGCGACGCCGCCAACGCCGCCCGUGGACGCCAGCCAAGCGACAGCCGCUGGUUCCGCAAUUAAUUUGAAUCAGCCCGCAACCCAGGCGCGUACGAACUACGGCAAUUCCGUAAAAUCACCACCGGAAACAGGCAGCGCGCAGCCAUCAGCAGCUGCUGCCACCUGCAAAACUCACGACAGCAGCAGCAGCAACAACAACUGCAACAACAACAACAGCGCAACUGCUGCCGCUGUGGCCGCUGCCGCCGCUGCUGCCGCCGCUGUCAACAUGCCGAUCGGCGGCGUGCAGGGACAGAAUCCCACCCAGGGCCUGGUCCAUUGGAUGAGCGCCGUGAUGGCCGAGCACAUGACCGGACAGACGCAUCACGAUCCCGGCGCUGCCGUUGGCAUGCACUACAUGUGGAAUGGGAAUGUCGAUCAUGCCAAGGAUAUUAGCGAUUACAAUCUUUGGCCACCGACGCCGCGCAGCCAUCAGCAUGCCAGCGAGCAUCAUCCGAUGUCCCUGAAACAGGAAUACGAGGCCAAAAUGAAUGAUCACCACCAUCACACUAAUCUGCAAAAAGGUCACUUUCUGGAUGACAACCGUCUGGAGCAUCAUGCGGCGGUCGCCGGACAAGGCAGCCUGGGACUUGGUAGCGCCGUCAAUGGCUCUGGCCCUGGCCCUGGCGGUGGCAACUCUGGCCUCGGCGGCGGCUCGCAUCAUGGCAACCAUGCCUCCGCCGCCGCUGCGGCUGCAGCGCAUCAUCACAACAAUGCAGUGGCAGCUGCAUCAGCGGCCGCGCUGCUCGUCGUCCCUCAGCCGAUUAAUGCCAGCAAAAUGGGCGGUCCCGGUGUGGGCGCUGGCGGUGGACAUGCCCCCGCCGGCGGCAGUGGACGCAAGUAUCAAUGCAAAAUGUGCCCGCAGAUCUUUAGCUCAAAAGCGGACUUGCAGCUGCACACGCAGAUCCAUAUGCGUGAGGCGAAACCGUACAAGUGCACGCAAUGCUCUAAGGCGUUUGCCAACUCUUCGUAUCUGUCACAGCACACGCGCAUCCAUUUGGGGAUUAAGCCGUAUCGCUGCGAGAUUUGCCAGCGCAAGUUUACGCAGCUAUCGCACCUGCAGCAGCACAUACGCACGCAUACGGGCGAUAAGCCGUACAAGUGCCGGCAUCCUGGCUGCCAGAAGGCCUUCUCGCAGCUGUCCAAUCUGCAGUCGCAUUCGCGCUGUCAUCAAACGGACAAGCCGUUCAAGUGCAACUCCUGCUACAAGUGCUUCUCAGAUGAGCCCUCGCUGCUGGAGCACAUACCCAAGCACAAAGAAUCGAAGCAUCUGAAGACGCACAUCUGUCAAUACUGUGGCAAGUCGUAUACCCAGGAGACCUACUUGACCAAGCACAUGCAGAAGCAUGCGGAGCGCACGGACAAACGGCCGCCCAUUGCGCCGGGCAGCGCAGCAGCUGUUGCCGCUGCUGCUGCCGCUGCUGCCGGCGGGCAGCAGAGCAAUGCAUCAACAGCGGCGGCCAGCAACACGCAGCAUCAACGCAACAAUCUGGUGUUGCCACCCGUUUCAAUAGCGCCUAGCGACAACAGCUACUGGCCAAAGGUAAGUCCGGACUCUGCAGCUGCAGCCAAUGCCAUGGAGGUUAUGCAUCAGCAGCAACAGCAGCAGCAGCAACAGCAGCAGCAACAACAACAACAGCAACAACAGCAGCAGCAACAACAACAGCAGCCGCAUCACCACCACACGCAACUGGGCGUGCCACCGCAGCAGCAUGGCCCGCCCCAGCAGCAGCAACAGCCGCAGCACCAUCACCCACAGCAGCAGCAACAACAACCACCGCCCCAGCACAGCAUGGAGGCGCACUAUGCCCAACCGACAGCGCCCAACAGCAACCAGAGCAAUGGUCAUCCGCCGGAGCAGCUGCAGCCGCAUCAUCGCAUCAUGCCCGACCCUGUGCGCGAGGAUAUUGUAACCACUCCCAGCACUGUGGGGCCGUAUGAUGCGGCAUCCAUAACGAAAACCACCAGCAAUUCGGCCUUUACGCCGAUCAACUCGAUGCCGCCGCACCUGAACUCACUGAGCCACCAUCCGAUGGCGCAGCGUCCCUAUCUCUAUGAUGCCAUCAGUUUUCCCAAUAAGAAUGUGAACCAGAAUAAUGCCAAUGCCUUUCCCAAUCAGCUGAUCUCGCUGCAUCAGAUACGCAACUAUGCGCAUCAGCCGGCGGGCCUGAUGGCCGGGGAGCACCUGCUCGGCGUAAGCGUCGGGCCUGGCAAGGAUAAAGGAUAG